UACUCAUCAGCUUCCUUCUUGAAUCCCUUGGUUUCACUCUCUCACUCACCCUCUACCUACUCAUCCACUUUAGGCAGCCAUGGCCACUGUUGCACUUCUCCUCCGUGCUGUACGACGUCGUCCUGCCACACCAGCCAUGGGCACCCCAGCAUUGGCCUCCUUCUCUGCUUACCGAUAUUAUGCUAGUGAAAGGUCCUCAAAACUUCCAUCAGAACAAGAACAACCAAAAUGGUCCCAAAAAUUGGGAAGCUGCUCGACAUUCAGCGGUUCACAGGGCAGUGUGCGCCCGAUGGUUCAGUUCAAUGAAACAUAUUCCUCAAAUUUGGCAAGCUGGUGGAAAUCACUCAGGUUUGGGUCCUUGUUUGAAACAACUGUAUGCAUACCUGCUAGUGAUAGUGAAGCUGAAUCCCUUGCCAAGAAAUACCCUAAAUGCAAGGCAUUUGGUCGUGACGCUUACGUUAUACACCGUGGUCCUUUUAGUCCGCCUAGUAUGGAAGCAAGUUUUCUGUCGGUAGCUAUUCUAAAAGUUGUUAUACCCCUUUCGGGUGUUGUAGCAAUCGUUAUUCUGUCUCUGACUCUGUAUGCAGCACUAGUUAAGGCGUCGGGGAUGGUUCUGACUGGAUGGUCUCGCCCCAUCGGUUCUUAUGGUUCCGAAGAUGUGCAUAGCUCUUACUCCUCUCCCACAGUUAAGGCCAGUGCAUCUCACUCCAGCAGCAGCUCUUAUGGUGGUUCAGAAGGUGUGGAUGUCCCUGUGUCUUCUCCCACAAUUGAGACUGGAGGAUCUCAUUCCAGCAGGUCUGAUGGUGCUUCAGAAGGUGUGGAUUGCUCGGGAAAAUAGUAGGAAAUGUUCAAAGUUCAAAGCCAACGAUGCAGCCAUGCAUGUUGAGGAAAUAAGAAUGCUUAUUACGCUUACUGUGAGGUCUAUUUUAGUGAAUGUUCUUGAACUAUAUAUCUUUCGAAUAUUGGUCUCGUGGCCAUAACUGAAAUAAAACUACAUUUUCUCUAUAUAGUAGCUUAUUAUUAGCAAUAAGAACACAAUUUAUAGGCUCUCC